AUGUUCCUUUGUCUCAAUUCAUUAGGCAUGUUCCUUUGCCUCAAUUCAUCUCGGCAUUCAAGCCUUUUAAUAAAGGUGCCUUUGAGAUACUCUCUAUGCUGGUAACCUACACGGUAGACAGCUGCUUUUGGAUUGGAACGCAUCUGGGUUACGAAGGAUCAGCUUUGGUGAAGGAGUUUGGUGGUGAUGAGGUGACAGAAGGACGUAGUAGUCUCCCGCAUGAGUUGCCACGCCGAGUCCCCUGAGCUCCCUCUUAAUAUACUACUCGCAGUAGCCCCAUCUUCAUCUUUCCUUCUCCCUCAAAACCCAGUUCACUAUGGUACGCCUUUCCCUCGCCCCUUUACUGAUAGCAAUACUGGCACAAAAUGCUCGGUCAGACAGCAAUCUAGAUCUCAGUCGUAUCAGGUCGUCGUAUACACCUAUGCCUCUGUAUAGAAAUGGUGCCGGGACGAACAUUUUGACAGUGGGAGUUGGUACGCCAGGGGUGGUCAUGAAUUUGACGUGCUCCACAAAUGUUGAGUUUCUGUUAGUCGCUACCAAUGAUUGCGAUGACUGUGUUGAAGAUGACAAUGUCUACACAGUCACUGACUCAUCUUCCAUCGUUACAUCUCAAGAUGCCUUUAUACACACCUUCAUCUACCCAGCCGGUAUUUCUUCAACUCUCUCCCUCCGCGGACAAUUUGCAACGGAGAGCCUCACAGAUGAAAGGGAUGAUUCUGAUGCCAACCGACCCAUUGGACUCAUCACUGAAGUACAAACAAAUGAUCCGGAUGGGGACUUCGACGGAGCAAAUGUGGAGCUUAGUGACGGAACAAGUGGAUUCUGGGGAAUGGGGGUUUAUCAAGCGGAUAAAUCCCGAUCCAUGUUCGGCGACAUGAUCACUGUCAACGGGAGCGGAUCGUCUUCUCAAGAAACCUCGUUCGCUGUCGGUUUCGACAUCAAUAACUAUUCUACUUCUACUGCUGAGCAGGCUGGUAUUAUUCACUGGGGCGGUGUACCUAACGGAAGCUGGACUGGAAACUUCAACUGGUUGGACGCCAACACGUCAGUGGCAGGGAGCUGGGGUUUUGGCCUCGAUUCCAUGAGGGUAUCCGAUGAAGUUAUUAACCUCGAUAGUUACUAUGGCUCCAUUGAUCCGGGAUUUGACGAAAUUUACGUACCCACUUCCGUGGCCGAAAAAUUCUUUGCCAAGAUCUCUGGGGCACAGCGCGACACAAUAGACACUACUCGUCGGAAUCUUCCAUGCGGCACCAAUAUCUCCAUGACUCUCAUAAUCUCUGGCGCCGCGUACGCUGUUGCUUCGUCUCAGCUUGUACAGGCUCGAGACGUCGCAGGGCGGACGUGUUGGGGUUCAGUGGUAGCGUGGCAGAAUAAUAGCUUGGCCGAACAGAAAGGCGAAAUUCGUCUGGGCACGCCUUUCAUGUCAAAUAUUUACUCUGUUUUAUAUUAUAGUGACAGCGCCCAAUAUGUUGGUCUGGCGGGUAAGCCAAACAGCGUCAACGCCCACAACCUCGCCGCCCGCUCUGAGGGUCAUACGAACACCAAGCUUGCUGGAAUCCUCAUUGGAACACUUCUGGGUGUUGUCCUUCUUCUAUUUGCUAUCUGCUACUCUCGGAACCGGAGUUCAUUCCAAUCCAUCUACUAUCGAGCUGUUCGUCGACAACACAGAGCUCAAAUGAAUGUGAUGGUUCGCAGCGCCAUUCUGCCACCUCAUCAAAUGAUGGCCAUGCCCAUAGCAAACCCUGCUAUAAUGGGCCCGAUGAGACCUAUGCCAAUGGGCGGACCUGGAAAUCCGAUGACGAGUGGUAUGACCGGAUUGACUUUCGCUGGUGGGGGUUAUCAACCUGUUGCCCCACCAGCAUAUCAACACCCUAUCAACGCCGGGCAACCUGCUGCUAGUUAUGACCAGACACAAUUGCUUCUCGCGAACCAUGACCACAACAACAAUGAUCAGCACCAAUUCGAGAAGAUGCCUGUCGUCGUCGAACAAAAGCCCCAAGGUUUCUACUCCCCUCGCUUACAGGAGACCUCCCCUCCUAGAUCAUCUUUCUUACCUUUCAUCCCCCGCUUGUCCGCCAUCUCACAUCAGGGUCUUAGACCUCAAAGCUCUUCCGCAGGGUACGCCCGACCCUCCCAAUCAGGCGAACCCAAAGUCCGUUUCGGUUCGACAGGCGUUCGAAUAGCAAGAUCGGCGUCGUCGAUGUCUGCCGGCAAGUCUGUCAAUGAAUUUGGUAUUCUGGACGGCAGCGGUCGGGACCUACAGUCGGGAGUUAAGGGAAGAGAAGCGAGGAGGGAGAAGUUUAUGCAGGAUUACGCCUCUGCAGGUAAUUUAGGUGUCCAACAAACUUCUCAUUACACGCCGUUCCCAGGAGCUAGUAACGUAUCAAACCCACCAUCGCGAUACUACAGUCCCUCACAAACGCAUGUACAGAUGUAUCCUACCGUAGCACUCCAAGCAAACGGUGAUUAUGCGCAUUCACAAACCUCAGAGAAAAAGCGGUAUUUCUCAUGGAAACCGGGAGGUGAUGCGGGCAAGGGAUUAUACAAGCCGGUACUCGGUGGGAUGAGUGAGGCCAGUGAAGAGCAAACAGCGAGAAAAAGUUGGUUCGGAGCGAGAAGUGGGGGUUGGAAAGAGGCGGAAAGGGCAAGGGAUCGAGAGAGGCUGGCGCAAGGGGGAAGAGAGUGCGUAAAUUGAAGAAAGGAAAAUGGGACGUGUAUCUUUAACAGACUUUUGGGUUAUACCAUUCCAAUCUAAGCAUGCAAAUAUCACUCGAGGUAAAGAAUGAGGUGUCCGCGAACCACCAUCCUUCGGUAUAAGAGCCAAACAUUCAUAUCAAUUCUGCAAACGUCUUCGGCGGAAAAAAGAAAUUCUACACUUCAGCUUUUCCUUACUCGUAGUACCUUUCUGUUCAAAUCAACUGCCACUUUGGUGUGUGGGGGUAUAGAAUGAAGAACCUUUUAUACAUUGUUACUGGUGUUUAUAAUAAGAGAGAAAACAAUGGAACGAAAAAGGAAAAAAAAAAGGGGUCGUCGUAUCUAAGUUUCUUGUGUCUGUCGUUUCUUAUGCAUAUGCUGCCGCUUGGCUUAUGACAGGA